GUUGAAGAGCCCAAGUACAUAGCUUUGAGUCACGGUUAAGGAAAAUAAAUUGUCGUUUAUCGAGAUUAUGGAUGAAGACGAAGCUGAACAGGGUUUUGAUCUGUUUCCUAGAAACCCAAUGGUUUAUGCGUUCGAGCCGGUGAGGAGACGAAACAGAUUAUUGGUACAAACUCCGUUUUAUACAGAAGAGCAGCCAGCGGUUCCUGUACAGGUGGAGAGGGUCGGUAACACUAACUUUACCUGGUGCAGAUGCGGUCACUGCACUGCCGUGCCGACUGAAACCGAGUGUAUUUGCUGUCAGGAGGCUAACGUGGACCAUUUGCUCAGAGAUCUUCCCUGCAGAACCCUGAGCAGAACUUUUCAGAUGCUUGUCUGAGAGCAAGAAUUUUUGGAGGUGUCUAUUCUCUCUCUAUAUGAGGUCCAUGCAGAAACCCUGCAGCCCGUCAACAGCAGGCGUGAUCUCCUCUGCGUUUGAGACGGCUGUGGUUAUAGAGGGCGUGAUGGAAACAGAGGAGAACUUUGUCCUCCUCCUCGACACAGGAAUGGAGCUGAAGCUACGCUGUCAUGUCAGGCAUGGUAUGAUAUAAAGGGUCGGUGUCGGCAGUGUUCAGCUGUGUGUGAAUGAAGAAGAGUAAAUGAUGGAUCUUCAGAACUCCAGCAGUGGAGGAGGACCUCCUGUCCUAAAGGAGAAGAGAGCAGCAUCUCCAGCCCCCAGUGGAGUGUCUAUGAAGAGUGACCGGUCCAUGAUGAAUCCUCCAAACUUCAGCAGUGGAGGAGGAAGCUCUGGGUCUCGAACUGAAACCCAGAGAGGAGCUUCUCCAGAACCCAGCUGUGUUUCUAUGAAGAGUGACGCGUCCAUCAUUAUUCCUCCUGGUUUCAGCAGUGAAGAUAUGACCGCUGAUAAGAAGAAAAUAAACAUUUGCACGGAAAAACUGGACCACAUAUUCAAGAAGCUGCAGGAGAAGUUUAUCUCUCUAGUGAAGAACGAGCUGAACACAUUCAAGAAGCUCCUGAGUUCAGAUUACUCAGCAUGCUCUGAGGGAGAGGUGGAUGAUGAUCAGAAGGAGGGGGUUCUGAAGGUCACACUGCACAUCCUGAGGAACAUGAAUCAGACAGACCUCGCCAACACACUAGAGAGCAAAUUAGCCCCAGCAUGUCAACGAAAGCUCAAAUCCAAGCUGAGAGAUAAAUAUCAGAUACUUAAUGAAGGAAUUUCAGGCCAUGUAAAGUCAGCACUUCUGAAUGAGAUCUACACAGAGCUCUAUAUCACAGAGGGAGAUGGAGGAGAUGUCAAUCAGGAACAUGAGGUAAAACAGAUUGAAGCUGCAUCCAGGAAAAGGAAAACAGAGGAAAGACCAAUCAAAUGUAAUGACAUCUUUAAACCAUUACCAGAACAGAACCGACCCAUCAGAACUGUACUGACUAAAGGAGUUGCUGGAAUUGGAAAAACAGUCUCUGUGCAGAAGUUCAUUCUGGACUGGGCUGAAGGAGAAGAAAAUCAGGAGAUUCUCUUCAUAUUUCCACUUCCUUUUAGAGAGCUGAAUCUGAUGAAGGAGAAGAAGCUCAGUCUGGUAAAUCUUCUUCAGAGCUUUUUCCCAGAAACACAAGAUUUAAAACUAAGACAUUAUAGGAGCCACAAGAUCAUGUUCAUUCUUGAUGGUCUGGAUGAGUGUCGACUUCCUCUGGAUUUCCAGGACAAUGAGAACUUGGUGAAUAUAGAAGAGCAAACCUCAGUGGAUGUUCUGCUGACGAACCUCAUCAAGGGGAAUCUGCUUCCCUCUGCUCUCCUCUGGAUCACCUCUCGACCAGCAGCAGCCAAUCAGAUCCCUCCUGAGUGUGCUGAUCAGGUAACAGAAGUGCAGGGUUUCAGUGACCCUCAGAAACAGGAGUACUUCAGUAAGAGGAUCAGUGAUAAGGACCUGGCCAACAAAGUCUUCACACACAUCAGGUCUUCAAGAAGCCUCUACAUCAUGUGCCACAUACCGGUCUUCUGCUGGAUUACAGCCACUGUUCUAGAGAGAAUGCUGAGUGAAGCUGAGAGUGGAGAAAUUCCCAAAACCCUGACGCAGAUGUUCACACACUUCCUGAUCUUUCAGAUCGAACACAAGAACCAGAAGUACAGUGGGAAUAGUGACAUUGAUCCUCAGCAGACUAGAACAAGUAUCCUGGCUCUGGGGAAACUGGCAUUCCAGCAGCUGGAGAAAGGAAACCUGAUCUUCUAUGAGGAAGAUCUAAGAGAGAGUGGCAUCAAUAUUAGAGAAGUGUCUGUGUACUCAGGAGUGUGUACCCAGAUCUUCAGGGAGGAACAUGAGCUGCACCUGGGGAAGGUCUUCAGCUUUGUACAUCUGAGCGUUCAGGAGUUUCUUGCUGCUUUAUAUGCAUUUCUCAACAGAAAAAUUCCAAAAGAACAAUCCACUGAACAACAAACCAGUAAACUCUUCAAGUUUUUCAGAAAGUCAACAAUGACUGACUUCCUCAGCAGUGCCAUAGACAGAGCCUUACAGAGUGAAAGUGGACACCUGGACCUGUUCCUUCGUUUCCUUCUGGGUCUCUCACUGGAGUCUAAUCAGACUCUAUUAGGAGUGUUGCUGACCCCAACAGAGAGGAUCUCUCACAGCAAUAAAACAGUCCAAUACAUCAAGAAGAAGAUUGAGGAGAACUCAUCUCCAGAGAAAUCCAUCAAUCUGUUCCACUGUCUGAAUGAACUGAAUGAUCAUUCUCUGGUGCAGGAAGUGCAGAAAUACCUGAGUGGAGGUGGUGAGCGUCGUCUUCAAAAGGCCAGGCUCUCUCCUGCUCAUUGGUCAGCUCUGGUGUUUGUGUUGGUGAACUCAGAAGAAGAGCUGGAGGAGUUUAACCUCAGUACAUAUGAUCCAUCAGAGGAGUGUCUUCUGAGACUGCUUCCAGUAGUUAAAAUAUUCAGAAGAGCUGUACUAGCUUCAUGUAAUCUUGGAGUAAAGACGUGUGAAAAUCUGGAAUCAGUUUUAAACCUGGAAAACUCCUCCCUGAAAGAGCUGGACCUCAGUAACAACGACCUGCAGGAUUCAGGAGUGGAGCUGCUCUCUGCUGGACUGAAGAGUUCACAAUGUAAACUGCAGAUUCUCAGACUAGCUUCAUGUAAUCUUGGAGUAAAGACGUGUGAAAAUCUGGAAUCAGUUUUAAACCUGGAAAACUCCUCCCUGAAAGAGCUGGACCUCAGUAACAACGACCUGCAGGAUUCAGGAGUGGAGCUGCUCUCUGCUGGACUGAAGAGUUCACAAUGUAAACUGCAGAUUCUCAGACUAGCUUCAUGUAGUCUUGGAGUAAAGACGUGUGAAAAUCUGGAAUCAGUUUUAAACCUGGAAAACUCCCCCCUGAAAGAGCUGGACCUCAGUAACAAUGACCUGCAGGAUUCAGGAGUGGAGCUGCUCUCUGCUGGACUGAAGAGUUCACACUGUAAACUUCAGAUUCUCAGAUUAGCUUUGUGUAAUAUAGGAGUAAAGACGUGCGAAAAUCUGGAAUCAGUUUUAAACCUGGAAAACUCCUCCCUGAAAGAGCUGGACCUCAGUAACAAUGACCUGCAGGAUUCAGGAGUGGAGCUGCUCUCUGCUGGACUGAGUUCACAAUGUAAACUGCAGAUUCUCAGAUUAUCUGGUUGUAUGAUCACAGAUAAAGGCUGUUGUUCUCUGGCUUCAGCUCUAAUUUCAAACCCCUCCCACCUGAAAGAGCUGGAUCUGACCUACAACCACCCAGGAGAGUCAGGAGUGAAGCUGCUUUCUGCCAGACUGGAGGAUCCACACUGCAAACUGGAGAAACUCGGAGUGGAACAUGGAGGGAAGAUCAGAAUCAAACCUGGAUUAAAAAAAUACGGCUGUGAUUUCACUCUGGAUCUGAACACAGCGCAGUGUAAUCUCUCUCUGAGUGAGGAGAACAGGAGGGUGGAGUUUAGAGAGGAGCUGCAGUCGUAUCCUGAUCAUCCAGAGAGAUUUGAUUGGUGGGAGCAGGUUCUGAGUAGAGAGAGAGUUACUGGACGCUGUUACUGGGAGGCUGAGUGGAGUGGUAGAGGAGCUGCUGUAGCUCUGAGUUAUAAAACCAUCAGCAGGAAAGGAUCAAUAUCAGACUGUGGGUUUGGAGAGAAUAUAAACUCCUGGAGUCUGAUCUGCUCUGAUAACAGAUACUCUGUUCUUCACAAUGAUAACAGAACUGAUCUCUCCACUCCUCCCUCCGGCUGUAGGAGAGUAGGAGUGUAUGUGGACUGUCCCUCCGGCACUCUGUCCUUCUACAGAGUCUCCACUAAUACACCCUCACACUCACACACACACUUACACACAUUCUACACCACCUUCACUCAGCCCCUCUAUGCAGGUUUUAGGGUUUAUUCUGGCUCCUCAGUGCGUCUGUGUAAGAUAGAAUAACCCUGUGUGUAACAGAGAUUCGAUGUGUGUGUGUGUGUGUGUGUGUGUAGGGGGGAGAAUGUUUGUAUAAAUAUGAUAUAAA